AAAAGUUAAUGAUAUGCCAUCUGAACACUAAUUGUAUUCGAAAUAAAUUUGAUGAAAUAAAACAUCUGUUGACUGAUAGAAUUGUUGACUUAUUAUACAUCUCAGAAACCAGUCUUAAUGCAUCUUUUAAUGUUAACUAUUUAAGACAGAAACAGUAAAGCUGGGGGAAUUACAUUUUUAGGAUUUGUAGUGACAGAUGCUUUACAUGCGUUAACGGGAUCGACGGUGCAACUUAGAUGCAUGUAUAAAGCAGACGCGGGAUUAGGUCAAAGGCUCCUUUGGAGAAAGGGUACUACAAUUUUGUCAGAAAACACAAUUUUAGGAAAUACAAAUGUGAAAGAUAGAUUAAAAAUUACUGGUGAUCACAGUAUAGGAGAAUACCAUUUGAAUAUAUUAGACAUCAGACAAAGUGAUCAAACAAGAUAUGAGUGUUCAAUUUCAAAAACUACAAGAGUACAUUCACAGCAACUGGUAGUAAUUGUUGGACCAUCAGCUAUAACUAUAGAAAAUGUGACACCAGACAACAAGAUACCUGGUAUAGAAGGACAAGAUAUGACUAUUAAAUGUACAGCUGUAGGAGGUCAGCCGGCACCUGAUAUAAAGCUUGUAAUAUUAGGAUCUACUUAUAUUGGUAAACAGUCAGCACAGCACACAUUCAAACCUGUCGGUGCUAAUGACGGUUCUGAUGUUACAUGUCGAGCAGGAUAUGAAGAUAUUAGAUACCAUCCAUUGAAUACUACUGCAUAUAUUUAUCUUAAGCUAAAACCAGUUAUUACUCCUUUCUCUAUCGAAACCUUGAGUACAGAAGAAUCAAAAUCGUUUGAUGUAUCAUGUCAGUCUAAUGGAAGUCGUCCUGCUGCCUCUGUGUAUUGGGUACUUGGACAACAAAGAAUUAAUGUCACAAUAAACUCUACAACCAAAUCUAACCAUGAAUUAUUAACGAAUAAAUAUACCGUGACAUCUAAUAUAAUAUACAGAGUGGACAGACGAUAUAAUGGACAGAAAUUAAUAUGUGGAGCUGUAAAUGUUGCUGGUUACAUGGAAACAUCUCUAACAUUAAAUGUCAACUAUGCACCUGUUGUUAUAGUUCAGAAUAAAACGUUUUCACAGACACAGUCAAUCAGACAGAUACAAAGUAGUUUAGAUAGUAAUCCCCUAGUAAACACUUGUAUCUGGCAUCACAGAUCUAAGUAUGGUGAACAUAUAAGAACGCUUAGUGAAAAUAACCAGAUAUUGACAUUACCGCACGCAUCCGAAAAUAAGAGGUAUCAGGACACUGGUGAAUAUGCAUGCACAACUGAAAAUGGUAUAAUGGGAAUAAAUGGACAAUUUAAACAAACAGGAUCCGGAUAUAUUUUUAGUAAUGCUGCACCAGUGAUAACAGCUGACAACAAAGACAAUUCAACACAGUAUGGAAUGUUUGGAAAAAGUACUAAAGUAUAUGUCAAUGUGUACAGUUUUCCGAAGUUUUCCAGGAUAAGUUGGUAUAUAGGUAAUACACAGUUAAAAUCGAACAAAUAUGCCAUCACGGAAGAAUCUGCAAUAGUUAAAGAUGUGUUUCAUGGUGAAGAUGUACAUUUAGAUGGUUACAGGGUUACAUUGACUAUAAGUGAUCUACAGGAUGCUGACUUUACCAAUUAUACUUUACGUCUUUACUACGGUAGUCAGUAUAUACAGUAUGAAGUCACUCUGGAAUCUGCAAGUCCACCAGAAACGCCAUCAAACUUUACAAUAACUAGUUCAAGAGAAACCAGUAUUACAGUUCAAUGGAUACCUGGCUACGAUGGUGGACAAACACAGACUUUCUACUUACAAUAUCGUACUAGUGGAACUAAUGCAUGGGUGCAUCAGGAAAUCAAAAACAGUAACCAGUUAGACUCGCACAACAUUUACACCUUGUCAGGACUUCAAGACAAAACAUCAUAUGAACUGCGAAUGUAUGCAAAAAAUAAAUUCAACCAGAGCCAACAUACAGAUAUUGAGACAACAAGAACUCUAAAGUCAGCGGCUCAAACAUCCUCAAACGCAGUUAUUGGCGCCAUAGCAGGUGUGUUGGUAGUAUCACUGAUUGUAUGCGCCACGAUCAUAAGCAUAUUGAUAUUCAAAAAGAGAAAAGGCAAGCAACAAACUAAAAAAAAAACUGGAUUUUAUGAAAAUAGUAGCUUUCAGAACGUGCAAAUUGUAGAAGAGUACGAAGACGUUGUCAGUAAAUCAGAUACACAACAAAAACAAACAAGUAAAACUUAUGAAUCACUUGGGACCAAAGAUGCUAUUGAUGUUUAUGAUGAUUUAGAGAAUCAUAAAGGCCUCCCAUCGUCUAAAUCAACUAAUAAGCCCUACGAAUCACUUGGAACCAAAGACGCUGUUGAAGUUUAUGAUGAUUUAGAUAAUCAUAAAGGUGUGUAA